AAAAUGGCGACAGCCCGACAGCAUUUACAAACUUCGAAAAAAGAGUCGAAGGAGAAAGUAACGAAAGGGUCACCUCAUGGUUUAAGAACUAGACGAUCAUCACUUAGAACAGAUGAAGAUGAGGAUGCGAGUGACCCCUCCGGGUGCAUGUCUUUGGAUGUCCUUGCACAAGUUGCUUCUGCAACACUACAGAAAGAACCCAAGAAAAAGAAGCUGAGAAAGCGGAGUCUUCAGACUUUGGAGUUGUUGGACUUGGAUCAGAUUCAAAGCUUGUCGGACAAAGCACUUCUCAGUUUCUUCUCAGAAAUGAAAUCCAAUGAAAUAACACGCAACUUCACGUACACUUGCUACCUAAUGCCCAAGAAAUGCCAGGAACAAUACAAGAGUUUUGGAAAUGAAACUCAAGCUAGGAUGAGGAUGAGGACCCACCUACACAAACACAUAGAGAAACUUAAUGAUGAGUUUAAUGAUCCAAACAUUAAAGCAAAGUAUGUGUUUCAAGCAGAACCCAUCCAUGUCAGGAACAAGCGGAUAUCAGUGUUGGCAAGCAAAAAGAAAUCCGGAGGCAAACGAACAAAAUUUACAGCAUUAAAGCAAAGAGGUGACAAUAGUUCUGAUACAGAGGAACAAAUCUCAAAAGGAACGCUGGUGGGCGAGGACAAAUCAAUGGAUCUGGAGUGUGAGGAAAUGGCGGAGUUCUCAGAUGAUGAUGAAUAUGAAAAUAUUAGAUCAUCUCCAAGUAAAAGAAGCAGACUUUCACAAAAGCAGGUUAAUUUUGCACAUCAAAAGUUCCCAGUGCGUUCCAGUUCAAGAGUGAAAUCAUUUGGUAAAAGAUCUGGAGACGAUGGUCAUGAUUCGGACCAAGAUGAUACUGAACGCCGAAUGGAGGAGAACGAACAAUUCAUCAUCGACCUGCUUAGUCGUACUCAGCCUCACCAUGACCACUGCUACACUACCAUAUUUGGUAAAAAGAGAGGAAUUGAUGAUAUGUUGCACGACACAUCUGAUGAGGAAACGGAAGAAGAUGACAUUGGGGACCAUAUUCGAGCAUAUGGAAAAAAGAUCAUUCGACCGGAAAAAUUGGUGGAGCCUAUACUUUGUCUCGGCAAUGUGUCGGUUAUGGAUGAAUUAACGGGAACAGGAACAGACGAAGCAUCGAAAACAAUUAUUGUGUGUGCAGAGGAAAUCAUUGAUGAUCUACUGCCUGAUGACUAUGAAGGCCACAAUGGUCAAAGGCCCUACCCACCCAUGCCAAAGUAUGCAAUCGCCAAACGAGGUCGUAUGCAUGUCCCGGAGGAGUAUGACCCAAUCAGUGAGGAGGAGGAACCUCUGAUGCUCAACCCCAAGAGGAGGAAAAAGGGUGUAGUCACCACCCAUGUGGACCGGGAGAUAAAUGUGGAAUGGGAAAGAAAAUUAGCAUUGAAAUGUAUCCGAGAGCUGAAGCUGAAGAAGAAGGAGGAUCGAUCUCCUUUGCACUGUCGGAUCUGUAAAGACAAGAAGUUUACUGCAAGUGCAACAUUGAUGUACCACUACAGAAGCCAUGCAGGUAUCAAGCCAUUUGUGUGCCUUAUAUGUAAUACGACCUUCACCCGCCAACACAGCCUUAACUACCACAUGUUGAUCCAUAACAACCAGAGCAGGUUCACCUGUAAAGACUGUGGCAGGAAGUUCAGACAUCCAAGUCACUUCAAGGAACACUUAAGGAGACAUACUGGAGAAACACCAUUUGUUUGUACAGAUUGUCCUCAGAAAUUCAAAACCAGAAAUACAUACAAGAGACAUCUGAAGACAAGACACGGUAAACUGCUAACGGCGGCAGGGAUCCGUGUUCUCAGUGUAGAGGAAUUCGCAAAAAUACGGACAAAACCUUACAGAAGGAAUGCUUCAGAGAAAAAGUCAAAAAUACUUUGCCGUAAUCUUGACGCUCGUGUGAAAUCCGAGCCCGUAGAGGCUGGUGCCGGUAAGGGUAAAGUUGUAGUGAAAUCAGAAACAGUCGCACAGCAAUCAACAGACAGUACUGACAACGAUCGGAUCGAUGACGGAGAAGAGGAUGAUACGGACAGUGAUGAUGGUCAAUUGGAUCAUGAGGAGAAUUCUAGUCUGGAGCAGGAACCGUACUUUGUACCUAUCAGUAUUGUUGUUAACACUUGAUCUUCAGCUGACGCAGCAUUUUUACACUUCAGUACUGCAUCAUGCUGCAACAGAUUCACAGUUGUUAUAAAUAUGCAAGUUAAUGGUCUCAUGCUCUGAUGAAGUUGCAAUAAUCACCAUUUAGCAUAAGUCAUGACACUUUCCAUGUAGGAAUCUAUACUGUGGUAAAGCCUGUUAUCAGAAAACAGAUACAGUUUGCUUUUUAUAUAGAAUAUUUUUCAAGGGCAAAAAAUUCAAAUGGUUUGCAGGUUUUGGUUGCAGUGGUACAAACAUGAAAAAUAGUGGAGAAACACUUUAAUCUUAUGCUUGUCCAUGAAGGCCAAAGAUUAGCCAUGAAAAGAUAACUCUGUCUGCAUAAGAAAAAAAACAUCUUGUGCAUCCCUAACUGUGAAACAAGCUGAUAUACAGUGCUAUUAAUCUGUGUCACAAAUAGUUUUUUUUAGAGGUUUUACCUUAGUUAUA